AUUCAUCCUACCUUUCAUAUUCAUUCUUCUUCUGAAAAUAACAGAACGUGCGACUUUGCACCGGUCAAACAGUCAAGAGACAUGAAACGCGUUGACUUAGAGGAUGUGCAGUCCAUGCUUAGAACGAAGCUAACCCGAGAGUUUCACAUGACAUUUCAUAUUUUCUUAUCUAAUUCUGCUCGCAUACUUCACUGCGACUUUGAACUUUCUUUAAUCUCAUUUAUUUAUGACUAUGCAAUUGUUGUCUAGUUAUUGUGUGCAGGAAUUCUGAAGCUCUUGGGUUGAAGCGAACAAUCUGCAUUUGUGUUCAUUCUUCUCUGAUCCACUGGUCAGCUGCAGUGUCUUGAACAUACUGCAUAGUUUCUAGCAGUGGCAUCUGUCUGACGGUACAACCGUAGGAAUUCAUAACGGCAGAGCAACCGAUGAUGAGUGAUGUUGCUUCUUCCUCUAACUCUUCUAAAAAAUAUGAUGUUUUUCUAAGCUUUCGAGGUGAGGACACUCGCAUGAACUUCACAAGCCAUCUUCAUGAGGUUUUGAAGCAAAAGAAGGUAGAAACCUAUAUUGACUACCGGCUUGAGAAGGGAGAUGAAAUCUCACCGGCACUCAUCAAAGCAAUCGAAGAUUCUCAUGUCUCUAUUGUGAUCAUCUCUGAGAAUUAUGCUUUCUCAAAGUGGUGCUUAGAAGAACUCAGCAAGAUUCUUGAAUGUCGGAAAAUCCAAGGACAAAUUGUGAUUCCAGUGUUUUACAACAUAGACCCAUCUCAUGUGAGGAAGCAAACUGGGAGCUAUGAGCAAGCCUUUGUAAAACACCAGGAAGACUUCAGGUGCAACAAAUGGAGAGCUGCUCUUGCUGAAGUAGCCAAUUUUUCUGGGUGGGAUUCUCGAAACAGGAUUGAAUCUGAGCUCCUUAUGGACAUUGUUGGAGACAUUUUGCGAAAACUGACUGCUAGAUACCCAACCCAACUUAAAGGGCUGGUUGGAAUUGAAGAAAAUUAUGAACAAAUUGAAUCAUUACUAAGAAUUGGGUCAAGAGAAGUUAGAACCCUGGGAAUAUGGGGCAUGGGUGGCAUAGGAAAGACCACCCUUGCUACUGCUUUGUAUGCCAAAUUUUCUCCCGAGUUCGAAGGUGGUUGCUUCCUCACAAAUGUAAGGGAAAAUUCAAGUAGGCAAGGUGGACUUGAAGCUUUACGCAGUAAACUUUUUACUGAGUUGUUAGAGAAUGAAAAUCAUUGUUUUGGUUCACCCCUUUUAGUACCUCAGUUUGUCAUGAGUAGGCUUGGACAUAAAAAGGUCUUCAUUGUAUUGGAUGAUGUGGCUACCUCAGAGCAAUUAGAAUGUCUCAUUAUAGAUUAUGGUUUGUUGGGACCAGGAAGUAGAAUCAUUGUUACAACUAGAGACAAACAAAUUUUUAGACCAAAUGAUGAGAUAUAUGAGGUCAAGGAAUUGAGUAUUUAUCACUCUCUCGAACUUUUCAGUUUGACUGCUUUUGAAGAAAAAAUACCUAAACAAGGAUACGAAGAUUUAUCAAGAAGAGCAAUUUCCUAUUGCAAAGGUAUUCCUCUGGCUUUAAAAGUUCUUGGUGCAAGCUUAUGUCGAAGAAGUAAAGAGGCAUGGGUAAGUGAAUUGAGAAAACUCAAGAAGAUUUCAAAUAUGGAAAUUCAUAAUGUAUUAAAGUUAAGUUAUGAUGGCUUAGAUCGUUCUCAAAAGGACAUACUUUUAGACAUUGCAUGCUUCUUGAAAGGAGAACAUAAAGAUCGGGUCACAAAUCUAUUGGAAGCUUGUGAUUUCUUUGCAGCAUCUGGAAUAGAAGUUCUUUUAGAUAAAGCACUGGUAACAAUUUCAUAUUCCAAUAAUAUACAAAUGCAUGAUUUAAUACAAGAAAUGGGUCAAGAAAUUGUUGAUCAAGAAUCUAUCAAAGACUCUGGAAGGCGAAGUCGAUUGUGGAGACCUGAGGAAGUGCAUCAAGUGUUAAAACAUAACUUGGGAACUGAAGUUGUUGAAGCCAUAACUUUAGAUACGUGUGAUUUAAACAGGGAUCUAAAUUUGAGCUCUAAUUCCUUUACAAAGAUGGUUAGCAUGAGAUUUCUUAAAAUCCAUUCUUCAUACUACUCAAGCCAAUUUAAUGUGCACCUUCCUAGCGGUCUGGAGUCACUGUCUGAUAAAUUGAGGUAUUUUCGUUGGGAUGGAUUUUGUCACGAGUCUUUGUCGUCCAAUUUUCAUGCAGAAUAUCUUGUUGAGCUUGACAUGCGUCGUAGCAAGCUUAGAAAGCUUUGGGAAGGUGUUCAGAGCCUGGUGAACUUGGAGAAAAUUCACCUAGAAGCCUCUCGAGAUCUGGUUGAGAUUCCAGACUUAUCUAAGGCAGAAAAACUUAAAAGAAUUGACCUCUCUGAUUGUGAAAGCUUGCGUAAGCUCCACCCUUCCAUAUCAUCCCUCCCCAAGCUUGCACAUUUGGAAUUAAGUGGCUGUAGAAAGAUUGAAAAUCUGAAUGUUCAUUCAAAAUAUCUGCAGAGAUUGAACCUCGAAGGUUGUUCAUCUCUUAAGGAGUUGUCAGUGACAUCACAUAAAAUGGUGUUCUUGGACUUAUCUUAUACUGCUAUAUGUUCGUUGCCAUCAUCAAUUCAAUAUAAUACGGAACUUGCUCGACUUUUUCUAAAGGGUUGCGACAAUCUAUCAUUCGUACAAUCACCCCCUAACAUCAUUGGCCACUUGUUCUCUUUACUACUUUUAGACUUGAGUGGAACUAAUGUGGAGAGUUUACCUGCAAGCAUAAAAAACCUUUCAAUGAUGAAACUAUUGGUGUUAGAUGAUUGCAGGACACUCGUGUCUCUACCGGAGCUUCCACGAUCCUUGGAAAUGCUGACAGCCUAUAACUGCACUUCUUUGGAGACAGUCUUCACUCAAUUACUAGUUUCUGAACACAUGUUACAGAGUUGCAAGCCCUACUUAUCCAAACAAUAUUAUUAUCCUAAGCAAUUUGAGGGUGGAUGUGCCGUUUUCCCUGGAGAUCAUAUCAUGAAUGACUUUGGAUUUCAUGCUGAAGAUAGUUCAAUAACUAUUCCUUAUCUCUCACUACCUGAGUUGUGUGGUUUCAUUUGUUGUUUCGUUCUUUCUGAGGGAUCAAUAGAGGGACAUAUUUCGUGUUCUAUCUAUCAAGAUAGCGAACAAGUUGGGAUAGACGAAGGCCAACUACUUCACACAGCUUUAAUAUCAGAUCACGUGGUAUUUUUGUUUGUUGAAAUAUGUGACCAUUUUAAUGGAAUACCUUUUAAGUUUCAAUUUAAUUACUAUGACAUCUUUCGACAGAAAGACGAACGAGUUAGAAUCAAAGAGUGUGGAGUCUUCCCAGUGUAUGCCUCAGAAUCCGGGUUAAAGUUGUUUGGUAGUGAUAGCACUGAAUUCUUUGAACUGGAAUCUAUUACUCAAAGCUUCGAUGAGUCACAAUCCAGAGCAAUUGGAGUUGGAGUUAGAUGCACGAACGGUGAAAAUGGAUUAGAAUCCUUCGUUGAAGUAUCUAAUAAAGAGUCACAGCUCAGAGAGAUAGGAGUUGGUGGAUCAAGUAAUGAAAAUGAAAAUGAAUGGGAACACCUUCUUCAUGUGAUUACUUCAUCGGUUUUCUUUUGAAACACUUACGGAGAAAUUAUGGGACAGGAGAGCUAGCUAACUUCGUGGAAGAGUCAGAGUUGUACAAAAAGUUGUUUGGUGGUGAAUUUUGUCAUCAUUUAGAAAAAGGGAGAAUGUUAUUGUAUUUAUUUUAAUAGUAUAUAUAUAUGUAUAUCUUAGAGACAAUUGUUGAAUGAAAUAUCAAAUUGUGAUAGUAAUGGAUUGAUGAUUUUAUAUGUGCAAGCAUUUAUAUGUUGUUCAUGACUUCGGAGCAACCAACUAAUGGAA